AUGCAAUUGGAACAAUACAUGUCGCAUAUGGAAAAGAAUGUUUCAGUACGUUUGGAGAUUGCUACAACUCUUCUUGUGGUUGUAGUACUUCUUCUUCUUGCGUAUGUUAUUUACUACCGUAGACUACAUCGCGGGAUAAAGAGGGGACUCCCCCCCUUCUUGCCCACCCAUCCAUACCUGUUCAACCUGUCAAGAAUCCAUUUUAUUAGUGAAGGAGUAGUUUGGUCUUUAAAAGGAGUGCACAGUUGGUGA